UUCCUUGUUUUUCUUAUAAGAUAAUAAAUUAAAUAUGUGUACAAGAAGUAAUGACAAAUCCAUUCACAUUUUAGUUUUAUAAAGUUUAGCCCACUCUUGUUUUUCCAUAUCAAAAUAAUAAAAAUGAACUUUAUUAGAACAUUAUGCCGCACUUUAUGGUCACAUGUCUUUGCAAAAUAAAGGCGUUUCUACACAUCGAAUUGUAAUUUUUGCUGCCAUCAUGUACGUGUUGUUCGCUGUGAUGGUACUUGAUUGUUUUUGCGUGAUAGUAAAAUAAACUUAUCGUAACUCUAUCCAAAUGGCAUUUUCCAAUGUUGACAUAGUUUAAUUUUGGUAUGAUUGUAAAAUAGUACAGGUCGAUUCAAACCAUAUUAUCAAAAUUAAUUCAUAGAAUAAAAGUUUAGAAAAAGAUGUGUUUGGUAUCUAAAAGACUAAAUGGUUCCGUGUUCAAAAGAAAAGCAAAACAUUUAUGUUAAAAGCAAAAAAAAAAAAAAAGCCCUGUAAUUAAUUUGGCUUCAAUUUACUACACGUAAGUGUCCACUAGGGGGCGGUAACGCACCAGCCCUUAAGUAGAAACAAUCAUCGUUUCCGGUUUUGGCGGUCUGUUUAUGUGUUUAUCAACGAUUAGCUUCUACUAUUGCAAGAAACACUUCCAGCUGUUAUGAAGAACUCUUCCUUGAAAAGAUACUCAUGGAAAUCUUCAGGAACCAAGAGUUGAAUGCACAAAAAAGGACCGAUGUUCUACAGCUGGAUGUUUGGGAGGAAGAGGAGGAGGAGAAGAACUCCAUUCUGGAUCAGGAGGACCCUGAGCCUCCACAGAUUAAAGAGGAGGAGGACCACUGCAGCAGUCAGGAGGAAGAGGAGCGUUUAGUGAAGGAGGAGAUCAAAUCAGAAUGUGAGGAAGUAUUUGUAGUCCAGUUUGAAGACCUCUCUGAGGAAAACGCAUGUAAAGAGGAGACUGAUGACGAGCAGCAACUUUGCAAAGAGGAGAGGAGCUCCAGUGUGGAUGAGGAGGAAGCAGAGUUUCUACAGAUCAAAGAGGAGCAGGAGGAGAACUGCGUCAGUGAGGAAGGACAACUGAAGCAAGAGACUGAUGCUUUUAUAGUCACUGAAGUUACUCCAGACACGUGUGGAGAAGCUUUAAAUCGGUGCAGUAAUUUCUCAACUCAGUUGAAAAAACACACAGAUGAAAAGAUCUAUUCCUGUGAGAUUUGUGGAAAAGAUUUCAGUGUGUCUUCUCGAUUGGCUGUCCACAUGAGAACUCACACUGGGGAGAGGCCCUUUGCCUGUAAAGUAUGUGGUAAAACCUUCAAGCACAGCGGUUCUUUAAAAGUUCACACAAGAACCCACACAGGUGAAAAGCCUUUUUCUUGUGAAAUUUGUGGAAAGAGUUUAAUGAAAAAUAGUUCUUUAAAAGAUCACAUGCGAACUCACACAGGUGAGAGGCCAUUUUCCUGUGAAAUAUGCUCAAAAGGUUUCGUCAAAAACAGUUCUUUAAGAGACCACAUGAGAAUCCACACAGGUGAAAAGCCUUUUUGUUGUAAAACAUGCGGAAAGGCUUUUACACAAAACAGUACUUUACAACAUCACAUGAGAACUCACACAGGCGAAAAGCCUUUUUCCUGUAAAAUAUGUGGAAAGGCUUUCUUCCAGCCUUACAUAUUGACCAAUCACAUGCGAAAGCACACAGGUGAGAGGCCUUUUUCUUGUGAAAUAUGUGGAAAAAGUUUUAUAAGAAAUAGCUCGUUGAAAGAUCACAUGAAAUCUCACACGGGUGAGAGGCCUUUUUCCUGUAAAACGUGCGGAAAGGGUUUCUUCCAGCCGUACAGUUUGACCAACCACAUGCGCAUUCACACCGGUGAGAGGCCUUUUUCUUGUGAGAUAUGUGGAAAGGCUUUCACUCAAAGUGGUUCCUUACAACAUCACGUUAAAAUUCACACAGCUCAGAGGCCUUUCUCCUGUGACACAUGUGGAAAGACUUUUACGCAGAACAGUACUUUGCAGCAUCACAUGAGAACCCACACAGGUGAACGGCCCUUUUCUUGUACGCUGUGCGGAAAGAGUUUCAGCCGGAACGAUUCUUUGACUGCUCACAUGAAGACUCACACGAGUGAGAGGCCCUUUUCCUGCGAACAGUGUGGAAAACGCUUCAUAAAGAGCGGUUCUUUAAAAGUUCAUAUGAAGUCGCACACGGACGAGAGGCCUUUCUUUUGUGAAAUAUGUGGUAAAAGUUUUAAUCGAAAUGCGUCUUUGAACAUUCACAUGAAGUCUCACACAGGCGAGAAGCUCUAUUUCUGCAAAACAUGCGGCAAGCGUUUCUAUACAUCUUCUUCCCUAUCUGUGCACAUGAAAACUCACACAGGUGAGAGGAAUUAAAAGUCCACAUGAGAACUCACACAGGUGAGAAGCCUUUUACUUGUGAAGUUUGUGAAAAAAGUUUUGCCCAAAUUUGUCAAUUAAAUGUCCACAUGAGAACUCACACAGGUGAGAGGCCUUUUUCUUGUGAAAUAUGUGAAAAGCGUUUCAUUAAAAGUAUUCACUUGAAAGUCCACAUGAGAGUUCACACAGGUGAGAGGCCCUAUACGUGUCAAACAUGUGGGAAAAGUUAUGCUCAAAGCAGUUAUUUAAUUGUCCACAUGAGAGGUCACACAGGAGAGAGGCCUUAUAUUUGUAAAAUAUGUGGAAGAAGUUAUACUCAAAGUAGUAAACUAUCAGUUCAUAUGAAAAAGUCACACGCGUGAGAGGCCUCAUACUUGUAAAAUAUUAAAAAAAAGUUU